ACGGUCGCUCACGCUCACGCGAGUUCGCUAUUUUCAGUUACCUGUGAAUAAGACUCAUACAACUACGCUGAAAUAUCGGGAGCUCAAAAACAAUACAAAAGGUAAUCACGAUCCAUAUCCCAGUCGAUAUAAUUCUAGUGAUCUCAACUUUACCUUACCUGUGACAACCAAAUUAUACAUUAACAAAAUGGUUGUUCCUCAACAGAGGUGCUCUUCCAAACGGCACGCUGUGGCUUGGCGCGUUCAGCGCAGCGCAGUAUCGCAGCGACGUGCACGCGGCCACGUACCGCUGCCGCGCGGCAAGCAGCGUUGGCGCGAUUCUGUCGCGGGACAUGCGGGUUGAAGCGGUAAUGGACGAAUCCUGGGAAGUGCGCGUCCAAGCGACGCACGGCGUGACCGGCGGCGCGGCGGUGCUGACCUGCGCCGCGUCCGCCCCAGUACGCGCGCACGUCACAGUCACGCGCUGGUUCCGCGAUGGGGUGCCGCUCACUCACGUAUCAGCGGAAGCUGGUGGCCGCUACAUCGUCGCGGGCAGCAGAGGCGACGUCCUCGUGGUUCGUGACGCUAGACCCGGCGACACCAGUUCUUACUCAUGCGAAGCUCAACACACGUUGACGGGAGAGAAAAGACGAAGCGCUUCUGCUUUGUUGGCUGUUUCACAUCCUUCCGGAAGCAUGGCACCACGAAUGCUGAUGAUAUCAGAGGAUGAGACCGUCGUGCAAGGAGGAGACAUUCGACUUGUAUGCUGCGCUAUUGGAAGCCCACCUCCUACAUACAGCUGGUUCCGUCACAGCAACGGUCGUCUCAGCCCUGUGUCAAACAGCAUCCGUAUAUCUGUGUCCGAUCAAGUCCUGAUUAUUCGUCGGGCUCAGCCGGCGGACACCGGGGUGUGGACUUGUCGUGCCCACAAUCAAUAUGGAGAACAGAGACGUGACGCUCGAUUGACGGUCCGAGCAAGACUGGUGGUUUCUGUACAUCCUCAGCUACAGGUAGCUAAUUCCGGGAGCUCAGUGAUGUUCAACUGUUCUGUGGAGGGCGAGGCGCGAGUCCGUUGGCUGCACGAUGGUGUGCCCGUGGGAGGGGGAGAGCGAACGCUGCGCGUGCAUGGUGUCGUGCGCGCACACAGAGGGAUGUACCAGUGCGUGGCGGAGCGGGACAUGGACAGCGCGCAGGCAGCGGCGGAGCUUCGGCUCGGAGACACAGCACCCGAGCUGCAUUACACAUUCAUCGAGCAGGCCUUGCACCCGGGACCGGCGUUAGCAAUGCACUGCGCCGCGUCAGGCUCGCCGCCGCCGCGGUUCACUUGGUUGCUCGAUAUGCAGCCCAUAGAAGAGCUCAAUACACCGCAAAGAACCAUCAGUCAAUUUAUGAGCGCCAACGGUGACGUGGUCAGCUACCUGAACAUAUCGUCGGUACGCCCAGAAGAUGGUGGACGAUAUACUUGCCGCGCGCACAAUUCGCGAGGCGCCGCUGAACAUUCCACACGUCUUAACGUUUACGGUCACCCGUCAAUUCGCAGCGUUGGCCCAGUGCGCGUAGUCGCUGGCGUGAACACUACAGUCUACUGCCCCUACUCUGGAUUUCCAAUCAGUGAGAUAGUCUGGCAGCGCGGUGGUAUGGACUUAAGCCCCAGCGGUGGGCGCGCGCUAUCAGGGAUGGGAGGCGAGCUAUUGCUGUGGCCGGCCGAACCUGCAGAUGCAGGUGUUUACUCUUGUCGGGUCACAGCACCUUCGGGGCAGUAUGCACAGAAAGAUGUGCAAAUUUUUGUUAGAAAUCCUCCGAAGAUUUCUGGAUUCACAUUUCCUCCGGACCUCGUAGAAGGUAGUUCAAUUCAAGUGCUGUGUGGCAUUACGUCUGGUGAUAAACCGGUAUACUUCUCGUGGCUGAAAGAUGGACAGCAUAUUCCUUCUAAUCUUCAGGUACAAGAAAAGUCACUCGAUGAGUUUAGCUUCCUAAUCUUCUCACACGUAACAUCGAAACAUAGCGGCGAGUACACGUGUGUUGCUACCAAUUCUGCUGCAGAAGUGAAUCACACUGCGAGACUCGCUGUCAAAGUGGCGCCUUCCUGGGUGUACGAGCCACAAGAUGUUUCCGCGCUUCUUGGUACUCAAAUAUUGGCGCACUGUGCUACAAAGGGCUACCCAGAGCCUAGAAUUACUUGGCUCAAAGGUCAUGGUUCCGGGGUAAACGACUUCAGGCAGGUAUCGAACUUGGAUUUGCAGUUCUCAAUCUUGUCAAACGGCUCGUUGUCAAUAUCUCCAGCAGCGCAUCAUCACGAGGGGCAAUACAUGUGCCGCGCUGAAAACGGAAUCGGUAGAGGACUAUCCAAGAUCAUCACUGUCUCUGUUAACGAGCCAGCACACUUCGAGUUUUCAUCAAGAAACAUGACAGUUAAGCGCACGGGGCAAGCAACACUGGUGUGCGAAGCGCGAGGCGAUCCACCGCUCGCAUUACAGUGGACACACAAUAUGAAACGUGUAGACUUGACCACAUACAGAGUAUCUGUCUCCGAGAAGCGCUCAGACAGUGGUGUCAGUUCUCAACUAAACAUCGCUCACGCCGAGCGACAUGAUUCAGGCGUGUACCGCUGUCGCGCUGAAAACGCUUACGGGAGAGAUGAACUGCUCAUCUACCUAGCGGUUCAAGAAUUCCCCGAAGCUCCCCGGGGGCUAAUUGUGGCACGUUCCGACACACGUGGUGCUACUAUCGCCUGGCGACGAGGGUACGACGGCAACGCAAGGGUCCGAGUAUAUCGCCUGCAAUACAGAGUUGUCGGUGACCGGCACAGACCCGACAGUAACGACUGGACUGAUGCGCCUACCCGAGAGGUACCGGCAGACAGAGUUUACGAAAAGCAAGAAACAACAGACCCAAACGCAGAAACUACGUUGGAGUACCGUGUAGAAGGUCUUCGACCUGCAACUGCGUAUGCGUUACGACUUGCUGCAGUAAACGCUAUCGGUGACAGCGAUUACUCUGAGUCAGUUAUAGUGCAGACUAAAGAAGAAGCUCCGUCAGAACCACCUCAUAAUGUCAACGUUCAAGCUACGGCUCCAGGAGAGCUACUAAUAAAAUGGGAGGCACCACCUCAGGACUCAUGGAACGGGCAGCUCUUGGGCUACGUAGUAACGUGGCGGGAGGCGGGAGCUAGCGACAACGCGACGCGGGCGCUGACUGCUUCAGGCUGGGGCGCCACAAGCGCCACGCUGGCUCCUCUACGAACGCACGCGCAUUAUGAUGUUCGCGUUAGAGCAUUUAAUGCUGUAGGCGCAGGACCUGCAAGCGCACCUCUCACAGCUACUACAUUGGAAGGAGUGCCCGAAGCAGCGCCGCAGCGUGUGCGAUGCGAGGCUUUGUCUGCACAGUCACUGCGCGUGUGGUGGGAACCCCCUCCACCCGCGCUCCGAGGAGGAGUUCUGCUUGGCUAUGAAGUUGUGUACGAGGCAGUAGACGACCCUUCGGGACAAGUAGAGACGCGGCGGGCAGGUGGUACCGAAGCUGUACUGCAGUCGCUACGCCGCGCCGCCAACUACUCGCUCGUACUUCGAGCUCGCACCGCCGCCGGGCCCGGUCCGCCCUCCUCGCCAAUCACUUGCGCCACGCAUGAAGACAUUCCAGGUGCCCCAGCAGACAUCAAGGCGUUGGCAAACUCAGAGAGCACGAUCAUUGUCAGCUGGCUGCCGCCUGCGCAGCGGAACGGCCGAAUCAAGCACUACACCGUCUACAGCAGGCCGCAACGGGUCAGUCCGCACAAUCAUCUCAUGGUGAUUCACAAAGACGAGGAAGAGGAGUUUUUCGCCGAAAUACGUGGGCUGCAAGAGCACACGCUGUACGAGUUCUGGGUGACAGCCGCCACUGCUUCUGGAGAGGGAGAGAUGAGUGCCAUCGUCGCCAGAAAACCAACACCAAGAGCUCCAGCAAAGAUACUCUCGUUCGGCCGUCGCAUCGUGGUAGCGGAAGGGUCACGCGUUCGACUACGGUGUGCUGCUGCAGGCUCACCAACGCCGUUGCGCGUCUGGUCACGGGCGCGGCCAGCCCCACCUCUCGCAAUUGACCCCAGGAUCGUUGUUAAGGACCAAGUCAUCGUUAUACAGAAACUGGACCGCAGUUUGGCCGACAACUACACAUGUACAGUAAGCAACCCCUGGGGCGAGGAGCGGGUGACGUGGGAAGUUCGAGCCUUGAGUCCUGUACCUCGCCCAUCGAUCAGGCUGGCUGGUGCUGCGCCAGCGCGAUUAUCCUUGGCUUGGGAUGCACCUCCUAGUCCUGUGCAUAGCUACACGCUGGAGUGGACGCGUGCGAACGAAGCCGGCUGGGCCGUAACACGGCUGCCAGGCGAAGUACGUGCGUAUACGUUGGAACGGCUGGCGUGCGGAGCUAUGUACAGAGUGCGACUACGCGCGCACAACGCCGCCGGGCCCAGCGAGCCUAGCGACGAGCUCGUCGUCUCUACCAAGGGGGGACCUUCAAAAGCGGCAGCAGAGAAGGAUCUAAUCACCACCAACAGCACCUGCGUCCGGCUCAACCUCCUAACAUGGGACAGCAACGGUUGCCCGCUGAGCCAACUGCAAGUCUCAAUACGCGGGUUCGACGAGUCAGGGUGGCGGUCGGGCGCCGCGGCCCCCGCUGAACCGCUGGUGUGGUGCGACUUGAAUCCAGCUACGUGGUAUCAUCUGAAAGUGGUGGCUACUAGUUCUGCUGGGACUACAGUUGGGACGUAUUAUUUUUCUACGCUUACUGAAGAGGGAGAGCGCAUCCCGGCGCCGGCGCACUUCCCGCCGGGGAGCGGCGGCGGCGAACACACCACCUUACUUAUGGCGGGCGCGGGCUGUGCCUUGCUCACCGCGUUGUUGUUGCUGGCUGUACUCGCAUGGAGAAGAAGCGAACCAGCGUCCUGUUUACGCAAAGGCUACGAACCAGGUGAAGCGGAGGACAAAGCUAUAGAACCUCGAGACAACCGCCGAAACUGCCAGCAGGUUUAUACCUCGUCGCCCGGCAAGCAGCCGCCACCAUCGAAAGAACAGCAAGAAAUGUAUGAGAUCAGCCCAUACGCAACGUUCAGCAUGUCCGGGGGCGCGACGGGCGCGACGCUGCGCACCUUCGGCCGCGCCGAGCCCGCGCCGCUCGCCGCCGCGCCGCCGCCGACCAAACAGCGCUCGCUCACUAACGCAGACGAAUACACACUAUCACGAGCCAUGACGCUGCUGGUGCGGCGUUCAGAGUCGGACUCCGAUUCGAGCGGUUCGCCCUGCGCCGAGUGCACGUCUGGCUCAUACCGCAUACCCCAAACUACGCCAAAAGUAGCAGAGGAGGUGUUCCGCGCCGUGACGGACUCAUCGGCGGAGUCGGCGUCGACGGGCGACGCGCGCUCGCUGUCGGCGCGGGCGCACGACAAGGCGCGGCGGCGCCCGCGCCGACAUCACGCGCCGCAAGCUACCAGAUAUCAACAACGCCAAGAGCAAGAAAGGAGAGAUUUUACGAUACACGUUUAACAUAAAUGACAAUAAAGACUGCUGUAAGCGAAAAUAAUCAGAAUUAUAGAAUGUUACCUAGAUAGAUAUAAAGAUAGGUAAGUCUUAAUAAGGACUGUAAAUAUUUAUAUGAGUUUUGUAAAUUUUAUUACAAGAAUCAAGGCCUAUUUGGAAUUAAAAAUUAAGUCGGGACUCAAAGUAUAAUCGAUAAAAUGGAAAUAACAACAAAAUUGAUCGGAAAUUGUUUUGUUACGUAGUUGUUAAGUAUUUGAUACUACGACUUAAUACGUAAAAGUUAUUCACUAUUCAAAUCAAAUUCAAAUACAGUGUAGUUAAGUAUAAAAGAUACGUCUAAAAGUCAUCUGUGGACAGCGCAGUAAGGCGCUGUGUAAAGUAAAAAGUAAAAGACAUUACUUAGAGUCCAUCUAAAUUAGGUAAAUCUGCAGUGGGGUAAUAUCGAAACAUAACCAUAAACGUCAAACGUUUUAAGAAAAUAAGGACCUACCUGCUGCAAACACCGCAGAUCAGAAUUUCUGGCAUGUUUCUCUGUCACUCUUAUUACGCCUUAAUUGGAGUAAAAGAGAAAGAUGCCCGCAAUUAGCGAACUUCGGUGUUCGCAGUAGGUAGAUCCUCCGGUGUCGCCAUAAUGUUUUGCAGCAGACAUUUAGACGGACUCUGAAGAUGAAUUGGAGUAAAAGAGAAAGAUGCCCGCAAUUAGCGAACUUCGGUGUUCGCAGUAGGUAGAUCCUCCGGUGUCGCCAUAAUGUUUCGCAGCAGACAUUUAGACGGACUCUGAAGAUGAAUUGUAUUUAUUUCGUGAGUAAAACAUAACGUUGUAUAAAAACUAAUAUGCAAUAAAAUUAACCCUUUGAACGCCAAUAACCCCUAAAGGUGUCGUUACCUGUCGUGCCCGCAGCGCCAAGGACACCUAUAGGUGUUAUGGCGGACGCUGUCAAAUUAACCUUCACACUUUCGAGUAAGGUUUAUAUUAGAGGGAUUUUGGCGUUAGAGUGAUGUUUAUGUUUAUGACAUAGGUAAAGCAUUCAAAGGGUUAGGAGCUUUGUUCAUUUCUAAAGACGGUUAUGGAUGUAAGGUACCUAUUACCUAUCUAAAUUAAAAAGACAAUAUCUCUUUGUUGAGUAAUAUUAAUAUUUUUUCAGGCUUGCUAGUUUUAUAAAACAAAUCCGAACACCAAAUUUUGUAGUGUACCUAUACUUACUGCUGUGGCGACCCGAAGUGAACCUUGGCCUCCGACACCAAAGACCGCGAUGCUUCUCUGUCCAAAGCCAAACCUAUACCAACUUACAUAUCGUAACCACAUAAGAAAAGUCUGGAAUUUGUAAAUCGUAUAACAUUUUAAUAAUAUUCCAGUUGCCGACAUUAUCUGAAUCCACAACUCUUAUUACUGCCAUUAACAUUUUAAUAAUUUUAUUGAUGCCGAAUUCCUAGCAUCUAAACCAUUUCUCAGACUGCCAAUAUACUACAAUUAAAUCGUAAUUAUUAUUUUGUGAGUGUAAUUUGACUGACAUAAGUUAGGAGUCAAACGGGAACUUGAAUCUUUCAACAGUCACUGCCUACAGGUUAGUUAUACAAAUGUAAAUAUAGAUUAUAAGGAAGAACAAAUGAAAAGGCAAUCAAUAAAUAAUGAAGUUGA